UUCAUCAUGUGGCUCUUUGCUGCUGUUCCGGCAAUAGUAGCUGCUCUUUACCUGUGCCACAUCAACCAUGCUAUGAAAGCAGUCCCCGAUGAAGCAGCGAAAUUGUCUCCUCAUCGCUGGACCAUUGAAGAAAUCAAAGAAGCCUACAAGAAGAGCCUGGAAUCUCCCAUUGACGUGACAAAAAGCCUGCCACCAAAGCAAUCCAGACGCUAUGUGAUCGUCGGCGGAACCGGCCUAGUAGGCUCAUGGAUACUCACUCAUCUCUUGGCCCGAGGCGAAGACCCCAAAGCCAUUCGCAUCUUGGACAUCGCUUCUCCGGAAGCCAAAUUCCUCAACCAAGGCAUUACCUGGAUAAAAACAAACAUCACCGACAAGCUCGCCGUGACAAGUGCCUUCAAAGAGCCCUGGCCAGCCCACACCACCAAGUUGCCACUAACGGUCUACCACACAGCGGCAAUAAUCCGCCCCCAAGACCGCCUCAAAUGCUUCCUCCCCCUAAGCAGUAAGGUAAACAUCGACGGCACGCUCAACGUCCUCCACGCUUGCCAAGCCGCCGGAGCAAGCAUCUUCAUCUGGACUUCCUCCGGCUCAACAGCACUGCAAAGACCCAACUUCUGGAUCUGGCCAUGGACACGCCACCCCAAGAACGCAGUCCAAGUCCUACACGACAGCACGCCGCUCCCAAAGUCCCACGCCCACUUCUUCGGCAAUUACGCCUUCACCAAAGCCACCGCCGAGUCCCUCGUGCUCUCCGCCAACAACCCAGCCAAGAACUUCCUCACCGGCGCCAUCCGCCCCACAAACGGCAUCUACGGCACAGGCGGCGCCUCCAUCACCGCCAUAACAGACAUCUACCUCGCCAACGGCGGCGCCCCAACCUGGGCCUACCCGGUCCUGCAGUCAUUCGUACAUGCAGAGAACGUCUCACUCGCACACCUACUCUACGAAGCGCGCCUGGUCGAGCAGAGCACCGACCCGAACAUCCGCCGCACAAGCGGGCAGUCGUACAUCGUCAGCGAUCCAAACCCGGCCAUCGCCUUCGGCGACUUAUACCGGCUUCUCAUGACGCUGGCAGACACCCCGAUUUCCUUCCCGGAGCUACAGCCCGCGCCCUUCUUGCUGCUGGCGUAUCUUGUCGAGGCGUACGCCUUCCUGCGGUUCAUGUGCGGCGGCCUCUUGCCGCCGCUUUCGCACGAGCUCGAGCAGUUGCAGCCUUCGCUGUUCAGCAUUCUCGAUGUGCAUGUUUUUGCGGAUGAUUCAAGGGCGAGGAUGAGGCCUGAGGAUGGGGGUCUUGGGUACAAGGCGCCGCUUACGACGCUCGAGGGGAUGUGUCGCCGGCUUGUGGAUUGGAAUGUGCAGGCGAGGACGGAGGGGGUGGAGGUUAAGGGGAAGAGGGUUCUGCUGGGGCCUGUGGUGGUUUCGGAGGAGGGGAUGGGGGUUGAUGUUGUUGUGCCGAAGGUUUAG